AUGAAUUUAUUAAACGAGAUUCGCAUUGGUGAUCCAUCAUUUGCCAGAAAUGAGUGCGAAUUUUUAUCAAAGUUUUUGGAAGAAUCGGGUGAAACUACGUGUUCGCAGGAGGAAUUAUUGGAGAUGACUAGGAAUUUGGUGAUGAAUCGCAUUUGUAACAAGUAGGUUUUGGAAUUUUUGAAUUGAACUCGAGGAAUUGAAAAACAAAUUUGAAACAAGGCUGGUUAUCGUACCGUUUUUAGUCCAUAAAUUCUCGAAAAUUUGGAUCAUUUAAUCCUAUCUCUCCCGAAUCCUCUAAUUCUAUUCCUAACCCCCCUUCAUUAUUCUUUUGCAGAAAUUUUAUUGAUUCGCGUCCUGCCAAAAAAUGGAUCUUCCUAAUAUUUCGAACAGCCCGUGUACUUUUUCGUGACAAAUCUCGAGUUCUCAUUUUUCAUUCGUUGGAUGUUUAUGAGAAUUAUGUGAGAAUGAUUCAUUUUAUGGCGACUCGUUUUAUUCGAAAUGAAAAUGAGUGGAAUAGUGUGGCUGUAAAUUGUUUGAGUGAGUUUUGAGAUAAAAAAAAAAUGCAAGGCACCCUUCAAUUAUAUAAACUAUGGUUGAAGAGAUUUGAAUUUAAAAUUAGUUAGGUAACUUACAACUAUUAAUUAAAGCAGCUCAUUUUCAGACGUGUAUUACUGUAAUUUCUGUUGAAAAUAAGUUUCAAAAUCUGAAAUAUUUAGCAGAUUUUUUUCUGAAAGUGUUCUUUCAUUAAAGUUUUUCUCUCUUUUCAAAAAUAGAUUCUAGAUGUCACUCAAAAACUAGUCGACAACGGUGAAAACGCAAAAAGUUUCGUUGAAAAGAACCUGGAAGACGCAAUUCUGCUGCUAUUAGCCACGCGUCAAAUGACAAUUCUUCAACAUUCGCUGGAAAUAUUGGGAAGAUUAUCUGAUUGGUCAGAUGAAUGUCGAGAAAAUUUGUGUGAAACAAAUACGAUUGACGUGUGUCUUCAAUUGAUUCCCGAUGGUGAUAUUUUGACACAAAAGUAAGUGGUGGUUAUCUGGGUAUGAAUUGAAAAAAAAACUCAUUUUUUAAGGCUUUGCGUGAGCCUUCUUCGAAUUUUAUCAUGUGAAGAACAAGCUCGGGAACAAAUUCGCAUUUAUGAUGGAGUACAAACUUUAUUAGGGUAAUUUUGAAAAUGUGGCCCUUCUGUAAUAAUUUUCGAAUUUUCAAAUUCAGACUUUUAUCGAUCAAAAAUUCUCGCCUACAAUGGCAUGUUGCAUGGACUUUGGCACAAUUGGCUGAACAAGUUGAAACAUCUAUUGAAGUGGGUCAACUUUUUUGAUACUGGAUACAUUUUUUAAAUUUUCUAUUCAGAUAGCUCAACUUGGUGGGAUAAGUUUGAUAUUUGCGGAAAUUUCGAAUUUGAAAGCACCCGAAAAAGCAGUCAGUGAUUGGAUCGCAAUGUUGACAGGUAUAGAAACAAAUAUUUAUUGUGUAUUUCCUUCCAACAGAAUAAUUCCGGUCCCCCAAAUUUUCCAGGUUUGACAGCUCUUUUUGCACAAUUAUGUCAAUGUACAUCAAAUCAACAAAUAAUUACAAAUUCGAAUGGAGUCUAUGUUUUGGGAAAAAUGUUGACAAUUCGAAAAUUCAUAAAAAAUGAAGAGUUUUCUGAGUCGUGGCGACUUUUACAAUGCUCAAUUUUUCGAAUUCUUCGAUUACUUUUCACUUAUGACCGAGCAAGACAAUCUAUCAAAAAAGUUUUUCAAACUGAAAUUUAUGAGAAGUUUGUUGAUAUUGGAAAUUAUGUUCAUGCUCUGGGAGAAUAUGAAGAGAUUGCAGAUUUGUAUGAAAAAAGUUUGGUAUGCUUUUAUUAUUAUUAUUUAUUUUAUUUUUUUAUAGAACAAAAAUAAAGAAAAAAUGUAUUUUUGCAGGAAGAAAAUCCGGAAAUUACGAAAGAAUGGGAAAGUGUAAAUGAGCGAAGGCAGGCAAUGGGCGAAGUUGGAGAAUUUGAACUUUUGGAUCAGUUAGGAGCUGGUGCUUUUGGAUGUGUUUAUACUGUUCGGAAAAAAGCAUUGUCGCAUACGGAUAUGCCUGCCAAAUUAUUUGCUUUGAAAGAGGUUGGGAUUUCGGAUUUGAUAAAAAUUGAGAGGUUUUUCAUCAAACAAAAAAUCUGAAGUGAAAAGUGGCGAUAUUCCGACAAGUAAAUUUCGACCACACCUAACUUCCAGUAUUCUAUUUUCAGAUUUUCAUGACUCACCAAGGAGAUCGUGAAACAGACAAAAGCUUUGGAGAUAUGAUUAGCGAAGUUAAAAUAAUAAAACAACAAAUGCGUCAUCCAAAUAUUGUUAGAUAUCGAAAAAUCUUUGUUGACAAUCAUCGAUUAUAUAUUGUUAUGGAUUUGAUUCAAGGAUGUUCUCUUAAAGAAUAUAUAAUAACUACAAAAGAUAAGAAAACAAAUAUCGAAAUUGUUCGGAUUUGGAAUAUUAUAGUUCAAAUGAUGUUAGCAUUACGAUAUUUGCAUAAAGAAAAACAUAUUGUACAUAGAGAUUUGAAACCUAAUAAUAUUAUGAUAACUGAUAAUUAUGAAAGGGUGGUUAUAAGUAAGUUUGAGAUUUUUUGAAUAUAGAUUAUCCAAUAAUUCUUAUGUGAUUUCCAGCUGAUUUUGGUUUGGCAAAACAAAAGGGUCCGGAAUAUUUGAAAUCAGCAGCGGGUACAAUUAUAUAUAGCUGUCCGGAAAUUGUGCAAAAUUUACCAUACGGAGAAAAAGCUGAUAUUUGGUCGUUUGGUUGUUGUAUUUAUGAAAUGUGUCAAUUGACACCAGCUUUUCAUUCGAAUAAUAUGUUAACAUUGGCAAUGCAAAUUGUUGAAGCGAAAUAUGAUCCGAUUGAUGAAAAUGUUUGGAGUGAAGAUAUUCGAAAUCUUAUCAAAAGUUGUUUGACACCUGAACCUUCGGAGAGACCAGAUAUUUUGAAACUGUCUGAGAUGACGGGAUCCAGAAUUCUGGAAUAUUUAGAUGAAGUUGCUAGACAGCAAGCGACUAUUGGAGACAAAAAAGUGAUUGAUGAAGUUGUUCCAAUUACUACUCAAUCUUUGAAUUCAUCAACAAGUUCUUAUAAAAGACCAUCCAGAACAACUGCACUUUUACCACCAAUUAAUCCAGAACGUCAGUUUUUUUAUUAUUUUUUUCUAUGUUUUUUCUUCAUAGAGUUUUUUGUAGGUCGAAAUCAUUCAAUGUCUGCUGGAGACACUUCUCGAGCUUGUUCAUCUUCUUCAGUUCUUUCAUCAUUUCCUAGAAUUUCAAAUAAUUCAUUCACUGCUCAAAAUCGUCGACGAGUUCAAACAUGCUCUACCGAACAUCCAAUCCGAAGUAGUUCUUCAACUGAUCUAAAGCCGAAUUUGAAGAUAUCCGAUUCUGGUUUGUGUGUUCGAAGUAAUGCACUUCGCCCAAUUCAAGAUCCAGUAUUGAUAAUUCUCGAUCAAAUACAUCGAAUAUUAAUUGUGACUGAUCGAGAUACAAAUACAAAUACAACUAUUAAUCAUCAAAGAAGAUUGGUUGAAAUGUUUCGGAAGAAAAUUUUGGGAAAAGAAAGUAGUGUUGAACAAAUGAAAAUGCAUUUGAGGAAACUGGCAGCCGAAUCAACGGACGAAGUCGAUAUUAAUUUAGGAUUUUCCGAUUUUCGACCAGCACUUUUACAAGCACAUCUGAACGGAUAUCAAAAAGAUCAGAAGGUUACAAAAAUAACAUACGAGCAAUUAUCAGCAUGUAUUCAAAGUUUACAAACUGAAACUGCUGUUUUCGAGUGA